ACGUUUGGUGUAAUAAAAUAAAAAUAGAUGUUGGGAAAGAGAUUUAAGAAAGUCACAACUGUAGGGGAAGAAGUAGUUGAACUGAGUGAGAUCAAAGGGAGUCAGAAUUCGGGCGAAAGAUGCGGAACGACAAUCCAAUUUUAGUCGUAUGCCUUAGUCUCUGCAUCAUAUUCUUCUUUGUUAGCGCCUCGUCUGAUGAACCCCAGCUGGGAUCGGCUCGUGUUGUUUUUCAGACAAAGUAUGGUGAUAUAGAAUUCGGAUUCUACCCGAGUGUUGCUCCUAUUACGGUGGAGCACAUUUUCAAGCUUGUUCGACUCGGAGGCUAUACCACAAACCACUUCUUUAGGGUGGAUAAGGGUUUUGUUGCCCAAGUGGCCGAUGUGAUUAAUGGAAGAUCGGCUCCUAUGAAUGAAGAGCAAAGAAUAGUUGCAGAAAAGACCGUCAUUGGUGAAUUUAGCAAAGUUAAGCAUGUCAGAGGUAUUCUUUCAAUGGGCAGACACGAGGAUCCAAAUAGUGGCGGAUCUUCGUUUUCAAUACUUCUUGGAGAUGCUCCUCAUCUUGAUGGCGAGUAUGCAAUAUUUGGCAAAGUUACUAAAGGUGAUGAAACACUGAAAAAGCUUGAGCAACUCCCUACUCGUCGUGACGGGAUCUUUGUGAUGUUUAAGUUUGUGUUAGCAGGUUGUGGCUUAAAGAAGCCUUGUCUAUGGGUUCAGUCUCAAACCCCCCGAGACUCCUUAUCUAUAUAAGUAUGAAUUGAAUCUGAAAAUUUGGUGCCAUUAUUUUAUAUAUAUUUCUAAAUUUCUUCAGUUUAGAUCUCAGUAAACGUAUUAGAAUCUUGGAUUGUAUAUGGAUAUGUAUAGAUACAAAUAUGUAUAUAUAUACAGAUAUAUAUUUCUUGCUGUUGCAUCCUGAGCCUUGAAUGUGUUAAGACCUGAAAAAAUAAGCAAGAACAAACCAGAAACCAAGCACAACACUAGCAAGACAGUAAGUAAUUGAAGCACAAAAGUUCUGGAAUUUCUAUUAAGAGGAAUAGGCAAAUGCACUCUCACAGCCACUGGUGGUAUUCGAGAGACCACCAACUCUCCACACAUUUAACAACUCACUCUAGGAUACCCUUACAAACCAAGCCCUUACCUAUUUAUAAAAUAAACCACAACCUAUUCCCAUUCCAAAACUGACAUCAAUAACACACAACUUAAAUAACAUAAUAGUAAUUAAUAGCAACCCAUUACAAUUCUAUAACCCCAGAAUAUGAAUCAGCACCUCUGUUUCUUACGUCUAACAUAAGUGAUGUGAGUUGGAGGCCUAACAUUACCCGCCACCCAAACUCGAACAUUGUCCUCAAGGUUGAAAUGGGGAAAUUGCUCUGUAAGCACCUCAAAGCGCUCCCAAGAAUCCUCAAAAGCUGGCAGCCCCUUCCACCUGAUGAGAACCUCAGUACCCAUAUAGUUGGGAUGUGUGGAGGAUCGCACACUAACCACUUCCAAUGGUUCCACCAAAAGCUCCAUGUCAGAAGAGAGAUGAAUAGGAAUAGCAGGAAAAGAUGCAUGCUUACCCACUGCUAGCUUAAGCUCAGAGACAUGGAAGACAUCAUGAAUCUUGGAUGUAGGGGGUAACUUAAGCUGAUAUGCGACCUUUCCAAUGCGGCGAAGUAUCUCAAAGGGGCCAUAAAAUCUGGGAGCUAGUUUUUCAUUGAUUUUGCGAGCGAGGGACUGUUGUCAAUCAGGCUUGAGUUUAACAUAAACAAAGGUCCCGACCUCAUAAUUCACAUCAUGACGUUUUGAAUCAGCAAAGGAUUGCAUCUUUUGUUGGGCUCGAGAAAGGUGAGACUUGAACUCCGUCAAAAUUACAUCACGUUGAAUCAGUUGUUGCUCUACUUCAGCAUUGGCAACAAAACCUAACUCAUAAUGGAUCAGGGGUGGAGGGUCGCGACCAUAAAGAGCUUUAAAAGGUGUCAUGCCUGCCGAAGAGUGGAAAGAGGUAUUGUAGCUAUAUUCAGCCCAAGAUAGCCAUGCAGACCAACGAGAGGGUUUAUCCAAAGCAAAACAACGCAAAUAGGUUUCUAAACCCCGGUUGACCACCUCGGAUUGGCCAUCAGUUUGUGGAUGAUAGGAGGAGCUUCGUUUGAGUUCAGAGCCUUGCAAAGAGAACAACUCUUGCCAAAAAAGACUCAUAAAUAUCUUAUCCCGAUCAGAAAUAAUACUCCGAGGUACGCCAUGUAAGCGAACCACACCCUGAAUAAAAACUUCCGCCACAGAAGGGGCAGAAAAUGGAUGCUUCAAAGGAAUAAAGUGUGCAUAUUUGGAAAGUCGAUUGACAACUACUAGAAUAGAAUCAUACCUUUUUGAUUUAGGUAAGCCUUCAAUGAAAUCCAUAGUAAUAUCAUCCCAAACUUGUUGUGGAAUUGGCAAGGGUUGAAGAAGUCCAGCUGGAGACAUGGCUUCGUACUUGCUGCGUUGACAAACAUCACAUGUAGCAACAAAAUUCUGGACAGAACUUUUAAUGCCUUUCCAAUGAAACUCAGCUGCCAAACGAUGAUAAGUACGACGUAUUCCAGCAUGCCCUCCGACCACCCCGCAAUGGAAUUCGCGAAGCAAUAAUGGAAUAUAAGAAGAAUCAGCUGGUAAAACGAGUUUCCCAUUGUAUCUCAAAUGGCCCCCAACAAGUGAAUAUGCAGAAUAAGAAGCGGGAUCUUGCGGCACGCAGUGCUUGCUAUUAGAAAGAAAGGCAUCAGCAUCAACUUGCUCCUUGAGUUCCUCAAAAUCUUGAAUGAUUAUGGCAGAAAGUGUACCCAGCGAGACUUCAACCGGUAAUCGUGAAAGGGCAUUAGCAGCAGUAUUGGCACUUCCUGGCUUGUAUUGAAUGUCAAAAUCAUAGCUCAUAAGCUUUAAUAACCAUUUAUGAUGCUCGCCAUCGACAACUCGCUAAUCUAAUAAAAAUUUUAAGCUGCGUUGGUCCGUAUGAACUAUGAACUUUUGACCAAGAAGAUAUGGGCGCCACUUCUUAAUAGCGAAAACAAUUACCAUUAGUUCUCUCUCAUAAACAGAUUUAAUGCGAGAGACAGAGCUAAGCUUGUGACUGUAAAAAGCAAUGGGACGAUCUUCUUGCAUACUGACAGCUCCCAACCCAAAACCAGAUGCAUCUGAUUCAAUCACAAAUUGCUUAGAAAAAUCAGGUAGCGCAAGCACUGGUACACUGAUCAUGGCUUCUUUAAGUUGGCGGAAAGCUGCCUCUGCUUCCGCAUUCCACCCAAAAGCGUCUUUCUUCAGUUGCUGAGUUAAUGGCCAUGCGAUCUUGCUGUAAUCUCGCACAAAACGACGAUAAUAGCCAGUAAGGCCUAGAAAACCUCAUAAGGAACGAAGACUGGUUGGUUGAGGCCAGUCCACCAUGGCUUGUACUUUUGUUGGAUCAGCUGAGACUCCGGUAUCAUCAAUGAUAUGCCCUAGAUACUCAAUCCUCGUUUGAGCAAAAACACAUUUCUUAGAAUUAGCAUACAAUUGAUUGGCACGCAAUAAAGAAAAAGCACACCGUAAGUGAUAAAGAUGACUUUCUUCAGAUGAACUGUAUAUCAGAAUAUCAUCAAAGAAAACAAGAACAAAUUUUCGGAGAUAUUCACGAAAAACCUCAUUCAUCAAGGAUUGGAAAGUGGAGGGGGCAUUGGUAAGCCAAAACGGCAUGACAAGAAACUCGUAAUGCCCUUCAUGAGUGCAAAAAGCAGUCUUGGGCAUGUGUUCUCCACGGACACGAAUCUGAUGAUAUCCGGAUUUAAGAUCGAUCUUGCUAAAUACUCGGGCUCCAUGUAAUUCAUCCAAUAAUUCCUCAAUAACAGGGAUAGGAAAUUUAUCGGGAACUGUUGCUCGAUUCAAAGCACGAUAGUCAACACAAAAGCGCCAACUCCCAUAUUUUUUCUUCACCAAUAAAACUGGGCUAGAAUACAGACUCGAACUCGGUUGGAUAAUCCCAGCCGCUAGCAUCUCAGCCACUAAUCGCUCAAUUUCAUCUUUUUGAAACUGAGGAUAUCGAUAAGGACAAACCGAAAUUGGUGAGGUGCCCUCCUUGAGAAUAAUGGCAUGGUCCUUGACUCUAGUUGGGGGCAAGCAAGAAGGCAUGUUGAAGACAUCACUGAAAUUAGUUAAGAGAGUGGCCACUGUUGGCGACGAUAUAACCGGCGAAGCCGAGUUAUCCAAAUCAGGUGCCAAUAAAGUCAUGUGCCCAAGUUCCAACAGCAGACCAUGCCCCCCAUGAGUGAUCGUUCGCAUCAUGGCGUUUAAGGAAACUUGAGCUUUGCUCAAAGAAGGAUCCCCCUGAAGCUUAACCCUCGAGCCUCCCACUGAAAACCUCAUACACAUGGUACCCCAGUUCAUGUAAGAUUCCCCAAGAGUAGACAACCAUUGGUACCCCAAAAUUACUUCCGAACUGCCCAAACGCAGAGGAAAGAAAUCUGCAAUCACAUCAAAUUGUUCCAGGUGUAAGCAAACUUGUCAGCACACCCCCAUAGUACGAACCUCAUCACCAUUGCCCAUAGCGACUUCAAACUCUCGUGUAUGGCUAAUAGGCAAUUUUAUCUCUUCAACUAGGCUUGUUGAAAUAAAAUUAUGUGAGGCUAUAGAAUCAAUUAAAAUCACAACCUCUCGUUCGCCAAUCAGCCCACGCACCUUCAGAGUGUGUGGAGAGCAUAGACCCACUAAGGAAGAAAGGGAUAACACGGGAGAUUCUGGUUCAUCCUCCACCACUGAGUUGUCGGUAGUGGCUUUCGCGAUCAGUUCAUCAUCACCUGAAUCUUCUGGUUCCUCAUUGACCCAUAAAACUUGAAGUUCCUUCUUCUUACAGCGGUGUCCUGGACUAAAUUUUUCAUCAUAGCGAAAACAAAGUCCCUUCUCUCGUCUGGCUUGCAUCUCUGCAUCAGUUAAUCUGCGAAAAGAAGAUUGGUUAGGGGGUUUUGAAACUGAUAUAUUAGAGGAAAUUGGUCGAUUAACAGGUAUGGUGGAUGCGUGAGAAGAUCGGUGAGUGAAAGUAGCACCAGAAGGAGUACGCUGCCCCAUUGAUAAAUUGGGUCCAGAUCAGUAUGACAAAAGGGCCUGAUUUUUGUCUUCAAUUUUCUGGGCUAAUUUCAUUUUCCUGACAAGGCCCAUGGGCUUCAAAAUUUUGAGUUCAGCCCUAAUGUCAUCACGUAGCCUUUUUAUAAAAAUACUUUCCAAUACUUGUUCCGAUAAAUUACGGGGAGGGGCUGAAAGUAUUUCAAACGGCUUUAUAUACAUCUGAACUGUGGUGAGUUGCCAAAGAGAAAAAAGUUGCUCGUGAAGUGACCCUUCUUGAGAUGACUGGAAACGUUCGAGAAGCAUGUCACGGAAUUCGUUCCAGCCGCGAAAAGGUCGUCUUCCAUCCUCCCAAUAAUACCACGAAAGAGCAUCACCCUCAAGACACACCACUGCUGCGCGAAGCUUCUCUGAAGGAAACAUGUGGUUGAUGUCGAAAUACCUCUCAGCUCGAAACAACCAUCCAUUUGGAUUAACCCCAUCGAAAAUGGGCAGCUCCAACUUCCUGGGUAACAAAUCAGACGAGUUUCUAGGCGCAAGUAACUCCGCAGAAUUUUCGACGUCCAUACUCUUCUCCUUAUCACUACUAGAAGUUGCCGCUGGAUUCGGACUUGCACCAGAUCCAGCAGAAGGUUGAGGACCCAAGUUGGGCCUUUGAUGAAUAAAGUCAGUGAACUACCUAACAAGGGCGCAAAUACUUGACUCCAGGUUUGGAAUUUUAUCGAUUCUGUUGUGUAGUUUUUCAAUUUCGAGUGCCUGGAACUCAGAUUGCAGCUGGCCAAAUUCAGUGUGAAUGGCCUCCAAUUUUUCCUCCAAAUCGUCGACCCAAUUCUUCACCCGUUUCACGCCUGCCAUAGUCCAGGAAGGAGACUGCUCUGAUACCACUGUUAAGACCUGAAAAAAUAAGCAAGAACAAACCAGAAACAAGCACAACACUAGCAAGACAGGAAGUAAUUGAAGCACAAAAGUUCUGGAAUUUCUAUUAAGAGGAAUAGGCAAAUACACUCUCACAGCCACUGGUGGUAUUGGAGAGACUACCAACUCUCCACACAUUCAACAACUCACUCUAGGAUACCCUUACAAACCAAGCCCUUACCUAUUUAUAAAAUAAACCACAACCUAUUCCCAUUCCAAAACUGACAGCAAUAACACACAACUUAAAUAACAUAAUAGUAAUUAAUAGCAACCCAUUACAAUUCUAUAACCCCAGAAUAUGAAUCAGCACCCAUUACAAUUCUAUAACCCCAGAAUAUGAAUCAGCACCCAUUACAAUUCUAUAACCCCAGAAUAUGAAUCAGCACCUCUGUUUCUUACGCCUAACAUAAGUGAUGUGAGUUGGAGGCCUAACAGAAUGUUCUUCCUUUAAUUUUUGCAG